UUAUCUCAGCCUGGGCUGCACGUCUCCUUCCACCCACAGCCAUGGACGCUGCUCUGCUCCUGAACGUGGAAGGGGUCAAGAAGACCAUUCUUCACGGGGGCAGGGGGGAGAUCCCAAGCUUCAUCACUGGAUCCCGAGUGACCUUCCAUUUCCGCACCACGAAAUGUGACGAGGAGCGGACGGUGAUAGAUGACAGCAAGCAGGUGGGCCACCCCAUGCACAUUGUCAUCGGAAACAUGUUCAAGCUCGAGGUCUGGGAGAUUCUGCUGACGUCCAUGCGGCUGGGCGAGGUGGCCGAGUUCUGGUGUGACUCCAUCCACACAGGGGUCUACCCGAUCCUGUCCCGGAGCCUGAGGCAGAUGGCAGAGGGCAAGGACCCCACGGAGUGGCACGUGCACACGUGUGGGCUGGCCAACAUGUUUGCUUACCACACACUGGGCUACGAGGACCUGGAUGAGCUGCAGAAGGAGCCACAGCCUCUGAUCUUCGUGAUCGAGCUGCUGCAGGUUGAGGCCCCCAGUGAGUACCAGAGGGAGACCUGGAACAUGAACAAUGACGAGAAGAUGAAGGCGGUGCCCAUCCUCCACGGGGAAGGGAACCGGCUCUUUAAGCUGGGCCGCUACGAGGAGGCCUCCACCAAGUACCAGGAAGCCAUCGUGUGCCUGAGGAACCUGCAGACCAAGGAGAAGCCCUGGGAGGUGCAGUGGCUGAAGCUGGAAAAGAUGAUCAACACCCUGAUUCUCAACUACUGCCAGUGCCUGCUGAAGAAGGAGGAGUACUACGAGGUGCUGGAGCACACCAGCGACAUCCUGCGGCACCACCCAGGCAUCGUGAAGGCUUACUACGUGCGUGCCCGCGCUCAUGCGGAGGUGUGGAACGAGGCCGAGGCCAAGGCGGACCUGAAAAAAGUGCUGGAGCUGGAGCCCGCCAUGCAGAAGGCGGUGCGCAGGGAGCUGAGGCUGCUGGAGUCCGCAUGGCGGACAAGCAGGAGGAAGAGCGGCUGCGCUGCCGGAACAUGCUGA